UGACUACAGUUUUCUGAGCUGAAGAAGCCUAUGGGUGGGACCUAGCAAGUCAGGUUUAAGAAAAAGAUGUCUGCGACUUAAGACUCGUGUCACAUGACUCCCUCUACUGGCCAGCACUGAGGCUGUGGAUCAGAUUUCAACUCCAGGCAGUACUUCCAGCCAUGUGGGUUUAGCCGAAAGAGAAGCAAACCCACACUUCCUAAAAUUUCUUCCAGACACUUCCUGAGAGAAUGGGGGCAGGAGCUGUAGCCAUCUGUCAAAGUAAAUCAGCUGUUCGGCUGAAAGAAGACAUGAAAAAGAUAGUAACGGUGCCAGUAAAUGAGCAGAGGGUGUCCACCUAUCAGAAGGUGUUUGGAGUCAGCCUCCAAGAGCUUCAGCAGCAGGGCCUCACUGAGAACGGCAUUCCAGCUGUCGUGUGGAACAUAGUGGAGUACUUGACACAGCAUGGACUCACUCAGGAAGGCCUUUUCAGGGUGAAUGGCAACGUGAGGGUGGUAGAACAACUUCGCCUGAAGUUCGAGAGUGGGGCACCCGUGGAGCUCGGGAAGGAUGGUGACGUCUGCUCCGCAGCCAGCCUGCUGAAGCUCUUCCUGAGGGAGCUGCCCGACAGUGUGAUCACCUCCGCAUUACAUCCUCGGUUCAUCCAGCUUUUUCAGGAUGGCAGAAACGAUGCCCAGGAAAGUAGCUUAAGAGACUUAAUUAAAGAGCUUCCAGACACCCACUACUGCCUCCUCAAGUACCUUUGCCGGUUCUUGACAAAAGUAGCCAAGCACCAUGUGCAGAAUCGCAUGAAUGUUCACAAUCUCGCCACUGUAUUUGGGCCAAAUUGUUUUCAUGUGCCAUCUGGGCUUGAAGGCAUGAAAGAACAGGACAUUUGCAACAAGAUAAUGGCUAAAAUCCUAGAAAAUUAUAAUACCCUGUUUGAAGUAGAAUGUACAGAAAAUGAUAAUCAGAGGUGUGAAAACCAGGCUAGGCUUAUCAUAGUAAAAGAGGCCAGUUGUAAGAACCCCCUACCCAUCCUUUUAACAAAAGGCUUAGAAAGAGACAUGCCAAAACCAUCUCCCAAGACCAAGAUCUCAAAGUCCAGGAGUGAGGAAUGCGUUCAGGCCCACAAGGUACCACAACCAGAGCUAUCUGAUGGCAUUCCUCAGGCCAGCCUGUGGCUAAGUCGUAGAAAACCCUGCUUGGAUGACGCAAAUUCAGCAGAGGAUGCUAGUGGUACCAAGUUGGUGUCCAGUUCACAAGAAGAUGAAAGACCUAUGUCACCUUUCUAUUUGAGUGCUCACGUAUCCCAAGUCAGCAGUGUUUCAACAACUGGAGAACUCUUAGAAAGAACCAUCCGGUCAGCUGUAGAGCAGCAUCUUUUUGAUGUUAACAACUCUGGAGGUCAAAGUUCAGAGGACUCAGAAUCUGGAACAUCAUCAGCAUCUUCUGCCACAUCCACCAGACAGCGUCGACGUCAAUCCAAAGAGCAAGAUGAAGCUCGACAUGGUAGAGACAAGGGAUUUAUCAACAAAGAAAAUAUUCCUUCUGGGCUCAGCAGUCCUGAUGAUUGUAUUUUGAAUACUCAGGAAGCUGAAAAAUUACAUGAAAAUACUUCUGGUUAUAUUGGAGAAAGAAGCAAACCUAAACGUCAGAAAUCUAGUAAUAAACUUUCUGAGCUCAAUGAAAAUCAAGAUGGUCUUGUGGUGAUGGAAAGUCUCAGUUCCACACAAUCUCAUGAAAGGACAGGACCCAAUGAUGUUGAACAAAUGUCUGAUGAAAGUAAAGGAAAUGAAAAAGAUGGUGGACACGCUCCGCAUUUUGAGGGGCCCACAAUGAAGAUUCAGGAACCUCCCAGCAUAUCUGACACCAAGCAGCUGAGGAAUCAGGAUGCCGAUGACCAGCAGGAGAGCUUUGUCUCCGAAGUGCCCCAGCUGAAUCUGACCGCAUUGUGUGAAGAAAAGAGCUGGGAAGAGCCCGUCCCUGCCUUCUCUUCCUGGCAGCGGGGCAGCAGCGACUCUGAUGAGGCCCGCCUGUCCCCACAGGCGGGGCGCCUGAUCCAGCAGCUGCUGGACGAGGACAGUGACCCCAUGCUCUCACCUCGGUUCUACGCUUACGGGCAAAGCAGACAAUACCUGGAUGAUACGGAAGUGCCUCCCUCACCCCCGAAUUCCCAUUCCUUCAUGAGGCGCCGAAGCUCCUCUCUGGGGUCCUAUGAUGAUGAGCACGAGGACCUGACACCUGCCCAGCUCACACGGAGGAUUCAGAGCCUUAAGAAAAAGAUCCGGAAGUUCGAGGAUAGAUUUGAAGAAGAGAAGAAGUACCGACCUUCCCACAGUGACAAAGUAGCCAAUGCAGAGGUUCUGAAAUGGACAAAUGACCUUGCCAAGUUCCGGAAACAACUUAAAGAGUCAAAACUCAAGAUCUCUGAGGAGGACCUAACUCCCCGGAUGCGGCAGCGAAGCAACACACUCCCUAAGAGUUUCGGUUCUCAGCUUGAGAAAGAAGAUGAGAAGAAGCAGGAGCUGGUGGAUAAAGCAAUGAAGCCCAGCGUGGAGGCCACCCUGGAAUCCAUCCAGAGGAAGCUCCAGGAGAAGCGAGCAGAAACCAGCCGCCCCGAGGACAUUAAGGAUAUGACCAAAGACCAGAUUGCUAAUGAGAAAGUGGCACUGCAGAAAGCUCUGUUAUAUUAUGAAAGCAUCCAUGGACGGCCGGUAACAAAGAACGAACGUCAGGUUAUGAAGCCACUGUAUGACAGGUACCGGCUGGUCAAGCAGAUUCUGUCCCGAGUCAACACCAUACCCAUCAUCGGUUCCCCCUCCAGCAAGCGGAGAAGCCCUUUGCUGCAGCCAAUUAUCGAGGGCGAAACUGCUUCCUUCUUCAAGGAGAUAAAGGAAGAAGAGGAGGGGUCAGAAGAUGAUAGCAGCACAAAGCCAGACUUCACGGUCACUCUGAAGACGGAUUUCAGUGCACGUUGCUUCCUGGACCAGUUUGAAGACGACACUGAUGGAUUUAUUUCCCCCAUGGAUGAGAAAAUGCCAUCCAGGUGCAGCCAGGACACGGGGCUCUCAAAUCUCCAUGCAGCUUCCAUACCUGAGCUCUUGGAACACCUUCAGGAAAUGAGAGAAGAAAAGAAAAGGAUUCGAAAGAAACUCCGUGACUUUGAAGACAACUUUUUCAGACAGCAUGGAAGAAACGUCCAGAAGGAAGACCGCGCUCCCAUGGCCGAUGAGUACAGCGAGUACAAGCACAUAAAGGCCAAACUGAGGCUCUUGGAGGUGCUUAUCAGCAAGAGGGACACUGAUUCCAAGUCCAUGUGAAGGGCUGGGACUGGGCGGAUGCGGGAAGUCACUGCCUCCCAGAUAAAGAGCAGCUCUGAAGGUAGUGUGGGUGCUGUCUCUGGAAGCACACAGCCCUUUUGCCCUGGGCCAGUGGGUCGGGCUCCUGUUGCUGUGGCCUGCCUUAGACACUGGCUGCUUGGAGGAAAACAGUGUGACCUGACUUGGGAAUCUUGUCAUUGGAAGGUCAAGAUUCCUGUGCGUGCCUGUGUGAAAACACACACAGACACACACCGACACCCCCCCGCCCCGCUCAGUGGGGCAUUACUGACACUAGCAGAAAUGAAUCACUGCAUUAGACACACUCAUCGACCAAGUAGACACUGCUCUUCCCUGGAUGACUGAGAAACACGAGACUGUUUUCUGUCUAACUGUGAUGAAAAUGCUCUCAGGACUUGACUCUUAGAGCAGGUGUAAUGGGGAGGGCCGGGCUCCUGCACCCGGUCCGGGUGAGCGUGUGCCGGAGCCCCUUGUACCGCCUUGGCCAUUCUAGUGACCUUCCCACGGCACCGCGCCUUACCCGCACGUGUCAACUGUCUCCCCUUCGGCUCUCAGGUAGAUGAAAGCUGCAUCUGCCCAUGAUGGCAGGGCAGUCAUCCAUCUGAGGGUGUGUUUCUUCAGGACUUUCUCAGCUGACAUAGAAUGUCAACCCUGACUCAGACCAGCUUGUCUGCCGAGGACAGAGGGAUCCUAGCCGCAGCUGUGCUUAUGCUGAGUGAAAGAUCAGGUCCAGGGUGAAGAUCCCAGAGGGUCCUUCCUAAACACGGACUGCAUUUAUCAGUCCCAGGCUUUAACAUCCAACACAGAACAAGGCCAGCAUGUACAUGGCAGCCUGUAUGGGUUGAGUUUUUGUUGUGACACUAGCCAAACAUCAAGGGUCUCACUCAAUCCUUAGUCUAACUGUAGAAGAUCAUGGGAGAGAGGGAGCCUGUGUUCUUAGCCUCCUGCAUACUUAUCAGGGUUUAAUUUCAAGAAAAGUAAACCUGCACUAAAAUCCCCAAAGUGAUGAGUAAAUGUAGCCUUCAGAGCUCAGCCUGAGGCAGAAUCUAAAUCAUACUAUUCUCAAGAUCAUGUAUAAAAAGAAAAAAAAAUGAUGUGUGACCAGUUAUAAUUUUUUCGAAGACUGUGUCACAAAGCUGUCUGUCUAUAUUAGACGUUUCAGAGGGACCAGGGAAUUUAAGACACCAUGUCAUCUCUUCAGUGUGCUUAACAUCACUUUGUUAUUUGUUGUUACUUUCUUACCCUUGUGUGUCUGCACUGAGGAACGUGGGUUCUGGGCCCCUUUUUGUGCUUGUGAGGCUGACACAGGUGUCGCUCGCCCACCGUAGCAGGUCUGCCCUCUGAACACAGUGCUGCCAGGUGACGGGUCAGCAGGGAUGCCCGCCUGUGUUGUGGGAGUUGCCUUCUUAAAAGGUACAGUCUUGUCUUAUUUAAUAGAAAAGAGAAAAGAAAGAGAGCGUAAAAAUCUACUGACCCGUUGUCAGCUUUUGAAAAGGGUCACAAGAGACUGGUGGGGAAGACUGAUUUGCAGCCACAUUUUCUGCUGUCGGAGUGAGGCAGCUGCUCUCCUAUGUCAGCUGAAAGUGGUUUAGGGUGGGGACGGGGGCAGAGACACCUUUAGGUUUACUCUUAAAAAUCACCAUAUGAAGCAUGCGCUGUGUAUUGGAAGUGCUCUGGUUUAAUCCACACACUUUAAGAUGGUACAUAAUCCCACAGGCUUCGAUGUACAUAAAAAUAGAGUUUGGAAUUCUUGGCUCUACUGUUUACAUUGCAGAUCGCUAUAAUUUCAAGGAGUGAUAUUAUAAAUAAAAUGAUGCACUUUAGGACAUUUUCUAUUUUUGAAAUCUGAACAUGAAUCAUUCACAUGACCAAAAAUUAUGUUUUCUAAGUGAAAUACGUGUCUAGCCUGUCCUUUUAAAGUAGGUGUUCUCUUAAAUAAGCUAUCAAAAUCAAAUCAUUAUCAGUUCACUUUUAAAGCACAUCUGUUUAAAAGUAUUGUUUUGAGAAAAGACGCUACAGAAUUUUUUUAAGCUACAUAUAAAUGAGAAGAUACUAAAAAUGUUCUGAAAUCUGUUGUUUCUGCCAGAGGUGAACUCACCAAAAGAUUUAUUCAGGAAUUCCAAAAUUUGUGUGAUUCAAUAAAAGAAAACAUCAAGUUAUAGUAAAAUAAGUGGUGUAUGGGAUGUCUGUGUUUUCCUCCGUACAUUCUACUCAGUUAUAUUCUUCAUGGAACACUGCCCAUGCAGGGGAAGUCUGUCUACACUAGCUCCUGUUUGAAAGUGUGGUUAGUCAGUGGCUUCCAGCUCUGCCAAGGCAAAUUUGUUUCCCCGGCAACCAUCUCUGCAGCCCAGCAGCUCAGGGCACUAGAGGCAGUGUCUUAAUUGGCUUCACACAGACAGAAUGCUCUAGACUGGGGCUCUUCCUUGCUCUCUUGGGAAUGUGUAUGUGUUGACUAGCACAUGCCAACAAAAUAAAUGUCAAGAGGUAUUUAAUAACGAUAAGUAGAGGUAAAGCCUAAGUAAACCUGAUUGUGAGAUAAGAAUUAGAGACGGCAAAGGCUUGCGAUUUUCACAAGCACUUGCUAUUAUUGUGUUCUGUCUGGAGUAAACCUUGAAAUAGAUGUUUCUGUUAAGUGUGAUAUCACCAUGUUUCAUCUUUGAAUCAUUUAGUCUGGAUUUUAUUUUCCAAGACAUGGAGGUGCGGGGUUUAGAAUGUUUAGGGUAAGGACCUGCUUAGAAGUUUUUCAAGACAGUAGAAGUGUGUCCUGUCCUGGUAGGGGGAAAAAAAAAAAACUGGCACAAUCUUGGUGAUCUCCCAACUCAGGGAAAAUUUCCAUGAAAGACCCAAUCAAAUUUCAAACUGGAGUACUGAUUUUUUAAAUUGCCAGCUAGAAUGCAUCAUGUGCUAUGGGGAAGAUUCUUUUCCUAUGGCAGCCAGUUUGAAGUCUAAAAAUGAUUCUUUGUUGCCAGGGCAGGGAUCGGUGAGAUCUCUGUAACAUCAGUGUAAUUUUUUCUUGUCUCAUCCUGAUGCAAUGCUUGGGUGGUAGGGAUGAGCCUCCUGCAAGUGUGGUUGCUCCCAGGCAUGACACUUCCAGCCCAGAACAAAUGCCUCAGGGCUGUGUUUGUAUCAUAACUACUGCACUAGGAUGUCCUGAGGCCAGCAGUCAUGGGACCCCCCCCAGAGGGUUGAGCUUUUGUGGGUGUGGUUGAACUUGAAAUUCCUUGUAAGAUGGAUAUUUAGGUUUAUUAUCAGAAUAAAGGCGUGGCCAUUAUGUUGAUUAAGUUGGUUCUGUCUGGGGUUGCCUGCUUCUUGGGAGACAGAAUUGGGCCUGGUAUCCAGAACUGAUCACAGAUUUACAUUGAAAACUCACAUCUUAAAGUCUGAUUAGAUUUUUUUAGAGAUUUAAAAUCUGCUGAAGAUGCCAUUUUCUUACAGGUCUUAGUGCUGUUGAUGGUGCAUUGAUAGUUGAACACUGCAUUGUAAAGCUGGUUAUAGGCUCCAUUCAACUUUGUUUCCAAAUGAGCUCUUAACAUCCUGCGGAUGGUUUUUCCCCCGGUGGGGAGGUGGUUUCUGCACCAAGGUUAGCACCUCUAUGAUGCUCUUUUGCGGUAUCCACUCAGUUAAAUCAAUAAGGGGAACUAACCAUACUGAAAUGUUGAGGCAGUGUUUCCUUAUUUAAAGCUCACAUGUUUGGGAGAAACAGAAAGUGCUUUCCUUUCCUUCAAUAAUUCCGUUUUCCUGUUUUUCCCACUUGACCCUCAAAAUGCACUUAAAAGUAGGCUGGCUAAACAUGCUUGCACAUUUUUGUUUCUUCAAAUUGUACACACGGGCACCACUUCAAAGGGUAGCCAGCACCACACACUUCACACCAGAGUCACAUGGAUGUCGGGCACUGCAUGGUGGCAUGGCCACUCUCCCACACAGAGCCUGUGCCCCGUGGGCACCUGUGUUUCUCCACCCUGAACCUAAUGACAGAUGGAUGGAUCUAGGCUGAGAUCAGAAUGUCAGAUGUACACAGACACAUGUGAGACGAACGUCUGUGGACACAUGCCACUUCAUACUGCUGUGGAAUUAUGGCUUUGUCUCUAGAAAGCCAUUCCUGGAACCUGGCCAGUUGUGGCCACAUGUGUGGCUUGAGAAACAGGCUCAGCAGAUCUAACUCUCCAUCUGAAAACACCUAUAUAGUCAUGAAAAGCUCCAGAAAUCGGUAAAGUUUUAGUACAUAAUGUGGGCCCAGAGCAAUGUUUGUGUGACAUGUAAGCAGAAAGCGUUUGAAAUUACCAUUGUUCUUUUAAAAAAUGUAAAUGGAAUGAAAAACAUUAUGUACGUUUUUGUACAUGACUAUUUUAUAUAAGUUCAAAAUAAAAUAUUUUCAACCGUG